CACCGCUGUUUCAUUUACCUGGAUCCCAGCUCAUGCUGGAGUAGGAGGAAACGAGAUGGCAGAUAAGAAUGCUAAGAGUGCAGUGAAGUUGAAUAAUAUAGGAAUUGACAUAAAAAUCAGUAAAACGGAAACAAAGACAAUUAUUAGAAAAACACUAAUAGAAGCAUGGCAAAACCAGUGGGAUAUGGAGGAGUGAGGCCAACAUCUGUAUAAAAUUCAAAGGGAAGUAGGAAUACAAAAUAAUGAUACUGGAUUUAGAAGAGGAGAAGAAGCAAUAAUAACAAGACUCAGAAUAACAAGAACACAAGAAUAACAAGAAUAGGCCAUACAGAAUUAAAAGGAAAUGCAUGGUAUGUUUAUGAAUGGGUGUGUGGGUGUGUAUGUGAUUGUGCCUGGUGAUGGAUUGGCACCUCGUCCAGGGUGUACCCCACCUUGUGCCCCAUGCUCUCUGGUAUAGACUAGUAUAGAUAAGGAUAGGAUAAGCUGUAUACAAAAUGGACGGAUUGAUGUUUUAUUGCAGUGUACAGUAUGCAUACAACAGAGAACAACAAAUACUGGAAACAAAAGGUGAACAUAAUAUGACUUUACAACAUCUACUGAGUAAACAGCAAGGGGAUAAAAUAUUAGAAUAGCUUUGAUAAGAUAUCUAAAAGAAACAGGGAAUUAUACAAGAUAUUUAAUUAUGUUUAAUUUCGUCAUUAUUAUUAUUAGAUUUUUUCCCUUAGCCUUGACGCACCACACUCCAGUGCAGUAGGUGGCGGAAAUGCACCAAAAGCUGGUUUGCUCAUAAACAGUACAAGAAGAAGACGAUGAAGAAGAAGAAGAAGGAGAAGAAGGAGGAGAAGGAGGAGAAUAUAUGCGCUUGGUCCCAGAGCUUCCUUCUCCACACGAGCUUCGAAGCUCUGAGACUCUCUGUAACAUCACUAAAGAUGUACCACUGCUCAGAAUGUGGGGAGAGUUUUAGAAAACGUCAUCUCAAAGAUCACAAGCACAUCCACACAGGAGAGAAGCUGCAUGACUGCUCCCAGUGUGGAAAGAGUUUUACUCGUCGGAGUAAUCUCCAACGACACGAGCGGAUCCACACAGGAGAGAAGCUGCAUGACUGCUCGCAGUGUGGGAAAAGUUUUACUUGUCAUAGUGAUCUCCAACGACACAAGCUCAUUCACACAGGAGAGAAGCCGCAUCACUGCUCGCAGUGUGAGAAGAGCUUUACGUUUCAGAGUGAUCUCAAAAGACACCUGCGCAUUCACACAGGAGAGAAACCGUAUCACUGUGGUCAGUGUGAAAAGAGAUUUACUUCUCAUAGUGCUCUCCAGCAACAUGAGCGCAUUCAUACAGGAGAGAAGCCGUAUCAUUGUGGACAGUGUGAGAAGAGUUUUACUUUUCAGAGUGAUCGUCAACGUCAUGAGCGCAUCCACUCGGGAGAGAAGCCGUAUCACUGUGGACAGUGUGGGAAGAGUUUUACUUGCUGGCGUAAUCUCAGAGUACAUGAGCAAAUUCACACAGGAGAGAAGCCGUAUCUCUGCUCCCAGUGUGGGAAGAGUUUCACUUGCCGGUAUAUUCUCCAACAACACCAGCGUAUCCACACACGAGAGAAGCCGUAUCGCUGCUCCCAGUGUGGGAAGAGUUUUAAUUGUCAGAGUGCUCUCCAACUACACCAGCGUAUCCACACAGGAGAGAAGCCGUAUCACUGCUCCCAGUGUGGGAAGAGUUUUAUUUGCAAGCGUAAUCUCCAAGUACAUGAGCGCAUUCACACAGGAGAGAAGCCGUAUCUCUGCUCCCAGUGUGGGAAGAGUUUUAAUUGUCAAAGUUCUCUCCAACGACACCAGCGUAUCCACACACCAGAGAAGCUGUAUCACUGCUCCCAGUGUGGGAAGAGUUUUAAUUGUCAGAGUGCUCUCCAACGACACCAGCGUAUUCACACAGGAGAGAUGCCAUAUCACUGCUCCCAGUGUGGGAAGAGUUUUAAUUGUCCAAGUGGUCUCCAAGUACAUGAGCGAAUUCACACAGGAGAGAAGCCGUAUCACUGUGGACAGUGUGGGAAGAGUUUUGCUCGUCUGAGUUAUCUCAGACAACAUGACCGCGUGCACACAGGAGAGAAGCCGUAUCACUGCUCCCAGUGUGGGAAGAGUUUUGCUCGUCUGAGUCAUCUCCAAGAGCAUGAGCGCAUUCACACAGGAGAGAAGCCGUAUCACUGUGGACAGUGUGGUAAAAGUUUUCGUGGACAGAGGGCCCUCCACAGCCACCAGCAGGCUCAUAUAGGACAGAAGCUGUACAUCUGUGGACAAUGUAUCCUGAUUUGGUCUGCAACAUCUCUUGCCACCUACCUGAUCCAUGUAAAGACUCACAACUGUGAAGUGUUUCUGAAUAAUCCGCGAACGUCUUAAGGAGAUGCACGCAUGCACUUGGCACAGUCCGAGGGCGUUCAUUAUAGUGUACUUAAUAAAUAAUUGUGUUAAGAGGCCACUUAAAUACCAAAAUCAAGCAGGAAAACAUGGGGUUCUGCUGGGCCCUCUGUUUGCUGACCAGGGCCCUUAGUAUCGUCCUAAUCUACCCCCACCCCAUUACGGCAAACCUGGUUUUCGCUUACAAAGCCUUGAUGAUGAGGUAUACCAUGGUCCAACAUGGUGAACCAUGAGUUUCCCCCAAGUUCUCCAGGAUUUCUUGGAUCUGUGGGAUUGGAUUUCGGUCAUGGUGUCUUUUCGUUCAGCAGUCGAUAGACCACACACAGGCGUAAGCUGCCAUCCUUCUUCCUUACAUGUAUUACGGGGGAGGAGUAAGACGAAGUCGACUUUUGGAUCCAGCCAUAACUCAGUAGGUCUUGUAUAUGGUUCUUGACCUCUUGGUACAGGGGUUGGGGGAUGGCAUUGUAUGUCUUUCAGACAGGGAUGUUAUCCCUUAAAUAAAUUUCCAUCUUCAAAUCCUGGAUGCACCCUGUAUCCCAGUCAUCCUUGGUGAAUACCUCACAAUUCUCAUUCCGUAGUUGUCAGAUAUGCUCUUGUACCACCGCAACAGCACCGCACCAUGCACCUGCGUCCCAACAGACUGGCCAUUUUUCUUGUUUAGUAGACCAGGGCACUUGCUGUGCAAGAAUUCU